AUGAUCCACGGAUACGAUUACCGUCUAGUACGAGCAGCCGACUACCCUGACCGUCACGGUACUUGGGUCAAACCUGCAAUUGCCAAGGAGGCCCUCAAGACACACGAUUUCGUCAUAUCUCUCGACUCUGAUGCAGUUUUCACUCAUCUCAAUUUGCCAAUAGAGUGGCUCAUGAACCUAUGGGACAUCAGGCCAGAAGAAACCUUGGUUGCCAUGGCUUAUGACCUUGACAUAAAGAUCGAUUAUGACACUCGAGGCAACCUAGUCCUCAACACCGGAUUUGUCAUAUCUCAAGCCAGCCAGCGCACCCAAGAAAUGUACGAGCGAUGGGAGGACUGCCCCAGGAGCAUUCCUGGUUGCGAGCAUUGGAAUUUCAAGUGGGCGCAUGAGCAGAGUGCCUUCUCACACUAUAUUCGUUAUGAGUUCAACAGAACGCACGACGUGAAGAACAUACCAUGCAGCCAUGCUAACGGUAACGAGUUUACGGCUGAAGGGCAAUGCAAGUGCCAAGGUAUUUUUGUGAGUCACAAUUGGAAGAGUAAGCAGAGAACACCAGAGUUGCUCAGUCGGAGUGUCAUGACAUCGCUAGCCCGGCGCAUACAUGGCCAGUUCCAAGACAACAUCCAUGACCUCUAUACGGAUUCGUCAGAUAAGACGUAUCCGUUGGAAGACAUUGGGAUCUAA